GACUUGCAAUACUUAUCCUGCAGCCAUCUAUUCUUGCUUGACAGUUUCAUAACACAAGCAGUACUUUUUUUGCUUUCAUGUAAAUUCCCAUGGAAAAAUAGUUGUGAAUACUCCUGCAUCAAUAGGAGCGUCUAUAAAACACUUACUUGUCAGGUAUAAUGCGAUUGAGAUAUGAGAUAUGAGAUAAAAGAAGAUCAUUCUAUUUUGAAAGUGUCUAGCGUCCAUGAAAAAUAAGCUAAAUCUCUAUUUGGAGAAGGAAAGACAAGCUAAAUCUUUAGCGUUAAAUUACUGUUAGAUAUAAUCCUUGAACGCUGCUCUAAAAGUAGCUGAAAAUAUCUCAAACUUCUAACCUUUCAUGGCAAUGGCAAUACACGUACAUUAGAUUAUCACUUCUAGCAAAAUCCUCACACUUGUGCGAGCAAAUGAAAGUUCCAGUAAAGUUCUCAUGAUCUCUUUGAAAUAGCAAUACCUAUCGGACAUGAAAGUUCCAUGAACCAAACAAUGACAAUAUGCCACAAUUUCCGCCGUCUCUUUGAAAUCUCAUCUUUAUUUUGUGCAUACCUUUCUCUGUCCCUCCGCCUCUUGUUCUCUUUUGGAUCUGCAUAUACAGCGCAAUUUAGUAUCUCUCACCAUAAUUACGUGCUCAACGGUGCGUUUGUUAUUAACUACCUUGGAUUCGCCCCUUGGUUAUAUCCUGAAAUGGAGUUUGGUUGGAAGAUGACAUAUAGAUUACGGGUUUCACUAUCCUGCAAUUAUAGUUGCAUUUGAAUUUGAAUAUAUUGGAAAGUUGUUUGUAAAGCCCAGUGGCAUGAAUUGCAAGCAUACAUGUAUCUGACCACAUAUGCAAACAAUUCUCGGACCAAAACUAAAUAUUGAAUCAAGUGUCAAAGGUGUCUUAAUCUACAGUAAUUGAUUUCAUUCAAAUGCAGACCACUGCAUACAGCCAACGUAAGAGUCCCGAUUUCAUACUUUGGUUGUGAAAGGCUGAUCCUGAGUAAUGCUGCAACAUGUUACAGAAGCAGUCGAACCUGAAGAAGUUCAGUGGUCGAACUGCAGGGAAGAAGUGCAGAGCCUGUCACCGCGUUCAGGGGAUGUGCAGGGCAGGCCUCCCGUGCAGGCUUUGGCGGUGCUGUGGCAGUGGGCGGCGCCGGGAGUGCUGCAUAGGCGGGCAGCAUGCCGCCUGAGUGCUGCAAUAGGCGAGCGACGGCUAAGCAGCGAGCGGCGCCGGGAUUGCCAAUAUGAAGGACAGCUAUCUGACUGCACCACACAUGGUACUACUUGUGCUUAUGGGAACUCCCCUGUUGUUUGUAACCAUUGUGGUACUCAAAUUGUGCAUCGUCAAGUGCAAGGACAUGCUCAUCUCUGCCCCGGGCAGCCUCAAAUACAACAGACCAGCAGUAGUUUGACUCAGUUAACAGCUGCAACAACCCAGGCUGUCAUUCAACAUCUGUAUGCAGCUAACUCAACAGCAUUCCAACAUUGUAGUUAUGUGACUUUAUAAAUGGAUAUAGAAAUCUUGUUAUGUUAUGAAAACGAAAUUCUUUGCUUGGUUCCUGUUAGUUGAUAGGAGAAACACUAGAGUUUUAUUACAAAGGAGGCACUGGCAUGUUACAUAUGAAACUAACUGUGUUCUCAAUGUUAGUGUUAAUACAAGUGGCUUCUUGGUGUUACCAUCA